UUACGGCGCCGCGGUGGGCGCGCGCGUUUCCUCUUUUCCCGGUUCCUCCCUGUGGGCCCGGCCGUGCUGUCUCCGGCCCCGAUAAUCUGUCGCCAUCCGGGCCGGCCGAGGCCAUCGCAGGUUUUAGAAGAUGGCGAAGUUCAUGACACCUGUGAUCCAGGAUAACCCCUCAGGCUGGGGUCCCUGCGCGGUUCCUGAGCAGUUUCGGGAUAUGCCCUACCAGCCCUUCAGCAAAGGAGACCGGCUAGGAAAGGUUGCAGACUGGACAGGUGCCACAUACCAAGAUAAGAGGUACACAAAUAAGUACUCCUCUCAGUUUGGCGGUGGAAGUCAGUAUGCUUAUUUCCAUGAGGAGGAUGAAACUAGCUUCCAGCUGGUGGAUACAGCACGCAUGCAGAAGACGGCCUACCAGCGGAACCGGAUGAGGUUUGCACAGCGGAACCUCCGCAGAGACAAAGAUCGGCGGAACAUGUUGCAAUUCAAUCUUCAGACAUUGCCUAAGAGUGCCAAGCAGAAAGAGAGAGAACGCAUUCGACUGCAGAAAAAGUUCCAGAAGCAAUUUGGAGUGAGGCAAAAAUGGGACCAAAAAUCACAGAAACCCCGAGACUCUUCAGUUGAGGUCCGUAGUGACUGGGAGGUGAAAGAGGAAAUGGAUUUUCCUCAGCUGAUGAAAAUGCGCUACUUGGAAGUUUCUGAGCCGCAGGAUAUUGAGUGUUGUGGGGCCUUGGAAUACUAUGACAAAGCCUUUGACCGCGUCACCACAAGGAGCGAGAAGCCCCUGCGGAGCAUCAAGCGCAUCUUCCACACCGUCACCACCACUGACGACCCUGUCAUCCGGAAGCUGGCCAAAACCCAGGGCAAUGUGUUCGCCACUGAUGCCAUCCUGGCCACGCUGAUGAGCUGCACCCGCUCUGUGUAUUCUUGGGACAUCGUCGUCCAGAGAGUCGGGUCCAAGCUCUUCUUUGACAAGAGGGACAACUCUGAUUUUGACCUCCUGACCGUGAGUGAGACAGCCAACGAGCCCCCUCAAGAUGAAGGUAAUUCCUUCAACUCGCCCCGCAACCUGGCCAUGGAGGCCACCUACAUCAAUCACAACUUCUCCCAGCAGUGCUUGAGAAUGGGGAAGGAAAGAUACAACUUCCCCAACCCAAACCCAUUUGUGGAGGAUGACAUGGAUAAGAAUGAGAUUGCCUCUGUUGCCUAUCGUUACCGCAGGUGGAAACUUGGAGACGACAUUGACCUCAUUGUCCGCUGUGAGCACGAUGGCGUCAUGACUGGGGCAAAUGGGGAAGUAUCCUUCAUCAACAUCAAGACUCUGAACGAGUGGGACUCCAGGCACUGCAAUGGUGUGGACUGGCGGCAGAAGCUGGACUCGCAGCGCGGGGCUGUCAUUGCCACUGAGCUGAAGAACAACAGCUACAAGCUGGCCCGGUGGACCUGCUGUGCUCUGCUGGCUGGAUCCGAGUACCUCAAGCUGGGUUACGUGUCUCGGUACCAUGUGAAGGACUCCUCGCGUCACGUCAUCCUGGGCACCCAGCAGUUCAAGCCCAAUGAGUUCGCCAGCCAGAUCAACCUGAGCGUGGAGAACGCCUGGGGCAUCCUGCGCUGUGUCAUCGACAUCUGCAUGAAGCUGGAGGAGGGCAAGUACCUCAUCCUCAAGGACCCCAACAAGCAGGUCAUCCGUGUCUACAGCCUGCCCGAUGGCACCUUCAGCUCAGAUGAAGACGAUGAGGAGGAGGAGGAGGAAGAAGAGGAAGAGGAAGAGGAAGAAACUUAGAGGAGACGGUGAGCAAGCUGGAGUUGAUCAUGCUACCGAGCCUAGGGGGCCUUGGCCUCAUCAAAUGUCUGCCUGGCUCCUGUCCUCUGGCAUGUGGCCGAUGGAAUAAAAUUAAGUCUGUUGAGUCUCUUCA